AUGAAUUUUGUUCAGUGCGACGUCAAGAACUUCAGAUGGAGAGAUAAAAUUGUUGAUACUGUCAUAGUGAAUCCUCCAUUUGGAGCACGGAACAAAGGAGCUGACAUGGAUUUCCUCUCUGUGGCUUUGAAGGUUGCUUCUCAAGCAGUCUAUUCCUUGCUUAAGACAACAAGGGAUCAUGUGAAAAGGACAGCCUUGCGGGAUUACAAUGCUAGCAGUGCUGAAAUUUUAUGUGAGCUUCGAUUUGAUGUGCCACGCCUCUACAAAUUUCACAAGAGAAAGCAGGUUGAUAUUGCGGUGGACCUAUGGCCAUUUGUUCCACAAAAUAGUCAA